AACUUUCGUCGGCAUCUCUUUCAGUUUUCUCGUUGUUCUCCGGUCGGGUUAAACAUGCAACGUAACACGCGUCCGAACGCAGUACCGGGUUUUGUUGCGUCGAGUUAUCGCCAAUAAUCGAGUAUUAUCAUUUUUUCAUUCUCACCCUCGAGUCGAGUUACUAUUGUAAUAUUUUUUUUUCAUUUAAACGAGUUCGCAAGUGGAUUUUUUUUUUCAAACGAGUUUGACGAUUUUUUUUCAUUUAAAUUUUUAUAGUGAAAUUUUCAUCGGAAUUUUUUUUCACCUUUACUCGUGUCUUUAAUAAUUUAUUGUACUCGAUCGUGAUUAAAUCGACUGGAAAAUUUCACAAGUGAUCGCGGUGAUUAAACGUACAUUUUGUAUUAUCAGUUCGACAUCUGUUUACAUCACAAACCAACACACGUGUUUCUCCAUAUAGUAUUUUCACAUCCGCAAGUUUUACGUUCGAUCCUCGACAAAUUCUGCAUAUCAGAUGAUAAGACAAAUGAAACCUCUCUAAUGAAGUGUUACAGGAGCACUCAGCAUGAACGGUUGACGGCGGUAGUAGAAGCAGAAGUGGCGGAGGACGUAUUAAGACCAUCAAAAGGAACCUUAUUGGACGCGGAGGUGCGGAGGGCAUUGGCAACAACAACAACAUCAUCAUCCACAUCCACAUCGACAGUAGCACGAGCUGUAGCAGCUGCAGCAUUGGCAGCAGCAUUAAUAGUAAAAGAAGGGACACCGAUAUUGUAUACUGGUUAUAGUAGUGAAACUAGGACGACUGGUACAGUACAUAGAAGCAGAAGGGGGACCCUCCUAUCAUCCAUUCUACAACCAGAGGAGCGGCGGUGCGGCGAUAAAGAAACAGCAGCCGGCGGAUCGUAACCCCUACCAAAAAAAAAGACGCCAGGGAGAGCUGAAAAGAAAUCCCCCUCGGCCAAUCGGAUCGCAGCUUCCUUAUGAUGUCAUCAGAAGAGGACGUUACAGUGGACUCUUUCGGUUUACUAAAGAAAACCAAACGUUCCAGACAACGCGUGGACGCCGGCGAACCGCGUAACAGUUACUCGUCUAUACCGAAUUUCAGUUCGCGACCGAAUUUAUUAAAUAGCGGCAUAUACGGCGCGUUUUUCGCCGCCCAAGCUCAAAAUCACCAUAAUUUCGGCUCUUCUGCCGGCUCAGCUGCCGCAGCCGGAGCCGCCGCGUAUUUUAAUCAAGUACAGGGCUUCGGCCCGACCAAAAUGCUAAACGAGUUGUUGAGUCGUCGAGUGAAAACGAUCGCGGACGGUGCAGACGCGAUGAUGACGAUCGACGUAGCCGCCAACGACGUAUCGACCAUCUCCGGUAGUGCUUACGAUUGUCUCAACAACAGCCAAUCACCUGUUAGCAGAGUCAGCAGUACGUUGAACGGUGGAGGUGGAGGUGGAGGUAAUAGUUCUCCAGUCGCAGUCGGAGAUAUGGCUCAACACAUGCUACGCAACAUACUAUCCGGCAAAAGGAAAGAGAUCUAUGCUUUGGAGCAAGAGCUGCGAGGCGUUUCAGGUGCCAAUAAUAAUAAUAAUAAUUCCAGUAGCAAUAAUAAUAAUCUCGAGUCGAUCGUCGAUUGCAACAAUACGAGUAGUGAAAAUUCUUCCGUCGCGAAUUCCGCUGCCGUCGCCGCAGCUGCCGCAGCCGCCGUCGUAGCCGCGUUAAACAAUAAUAAUAAUUCGUCGUCGAAUAAUAAUAAUAAUAAUUCUUCGUGUAAUAAUAAUAAUAACAAUAAUAAUGACGUGAAAAUCGCGAAUUUAACAAACGGUUCUGGUGACCGAAACAGUGUCGGUGGUAAUAUCAGUGACGAAAAUUGUGCUAGUGACCGUUCCAAAGGCGCAGGCGAUGAACCUUUAACCAACGGUGACGUCAUUGCCGAAGACAUGGAUACGAGCGAAGCUGACGAUAGAGCUUCAUCUGCAGCAGCCAACGCAGCAGCAGCCACCGAGGUAAGCCCUUUAUCGGGUCAAAAUAACCCUAACGAUAGUCUGGUAGACAAACUGAAUCUGAAUCAUCGUCAAGUUGUCGACAAUAACGACGACAGCUCAGCCUCCGAGCAUUCGGUUUCAUCCUCCGAAUCUGCAGCUUCGAAUAAAGAAGACGCCGACGAAUCGAACGAAUGCUCUUCUUACCCCAAAACCGAGCAACAAGUCGAGUUGAAACGUGCCCGAGUCGAGAACAUAGUCUCAUCUAUGCGAUCCAGCCCCCUACCUGUACCAGUGAACGGCUGCAAGAAGAGGAAGCUUUACCAUCCUCAGCAGCACGAUAACAGUGUAGCUGAAAGAUACGCAGCCAGCUUGAACGAGGUGGCCGAUGCUCUGAGCGAAGACGAAGAUGAAAAUCUCAGUCCAGCCGAGAUCAGGCAAAAAGUGGUGGAGAAAAAUGCUCUGAAAAAUCAACUCAGAACCAUGCAAGAGCAAUUGGCCGAAAUGCAGCAAAAAUACGUCCAGUUGUGUACCAGAAUGGAUCAGGAUUCGGUCGAUGCGAUGGAACAAGACGCAGAUCUACCCAAUCCUAAAUCCGAAAUGGAGCAAGAUGAGACAGCCAGUGAUGCUGAUCACGAGGACGAUGAAGACGACGAUAACAGCAGUGUACCUGCUUCACCGACGACGAGUAAGCAUAAUACUCCAGCACCUACUCCAGUGCCUCAUCAGCAGCAAAAAGAUCACACCAAUCCGGGCUCCUCGUUUCCCACAGUUUCGACUCCAGUCACCCAAUCCACCAUGUCUCCAGCUAUCAGUAAAAUGCUCGGCAAUAAGUUCUUGCCCCAGAACCCUGCAGCAAGUGUACCUCACAUGAACUCGCAUCCAUUCCCCAUACAUCCGAAUUUCAACGGAGCUCUAUCGUUUCUACAACAUCAGAUGUUCCAAGAUCCUCACAAUGCUCAGAAUCAUCUGCAACCUCAUCAUCAUCAUCACCCUCAUCACCCCCCUCAUCCACAUUCGAUGCUGAGUAACGCAGCAGCCAUGUAUUUAGGCGUAGGGCACAAGCUGUUCAUGGAGCAGGAGGCUCGUAUGGCUGAGAAAGUAGCCUUAGCAGCGGCCGCAGCCGAACACCAGCAACAGCAGCAGCAGAUUAGUAGAGAUAUCCAGCACACCACCAGGCAAACCCCCAUCAGUGGUGCUGACAACGCUCACUCUACAUCUCAAUCAGCCUCCAGGAUGGAACCAUCGUCGCCGAAUCGUUCCCACCACAACCAUCGUGACCAGCAGCUCCAGCCCCCUCAGCAAUCACAGCAGCAGCAAAAUGAGCAAUCUCCGAAAGCUCUGCAUCAUCAGUCCGAUGUGGCUCAGCACAGAUCACGUAGCGAGUUCGCUGACAGAUUACAGAUGCUGAAAUCGAACUCGAGUCGAGAUAAUUUCGAUUUCGAAGGCCUGGCCGAAGCUCUGAAAUCAGAGAUAUCUUCUACGUUAUCUAAUCUCAUAGAUACCAUAAUGACGAGAUUCCUGCAGCAGAAAAAACUAUCGAGUAAAUCGUCCGAGGCUGUAUUGGCAGCCGAGCAGCUCAACAAAGACUUGCUCAUGGCUUCCCAACUCAUCGAUCGUAAAUCACCUCGUACCAAAGUCAUCGAUCGAGGCAAUUGCAUUUCAUCCAGCGAUAAAAACAACUCAUCUUACUCGUCCAACACCUUCAACUCAUCUUCGGGCACUCCGAAUAAAACCAGCAACUCGAGCGCCGCAGCUGCAGCAGCCGCAGCCGCAGCAGCUAGCCAAGCAGCUCAAAAUUUUGCCAACUCGAAUCCGGAGAAUAACAUAAACGUGAUGAAUUUACCCCAAAGACCAACCGGUCUCAGCUCCAACCUGUUCGGACCACCGAAAAUGGGCUCGGGGAUGAAUUCAGCCGCAGCUGCAGCAGCUGCCCUCUACUCGUCGAUGAACAGUCUGAGUAACUCGCACAUGGGUUCGUUCGGUUUGCCUGAUUUGAGAGGCUCGGCCGAUGGCCCAGUACCAGAACAGCACGAAGCUCUGAGUUUAGUCGUACCUCAGAAAAAGAAACGUCAUAAGGUGACCGAUACUCGAAUAACUCCACGAACAGUGAGUCGAAUCUUGGCCCAAGAUGGUAUGGGCUGUCCUCCUUCUACUCUGCUCGACUCGCCCAGCAAAUACGGCGGAAUGCUGCCAUCGACCAACGGCUCAGCCGACUCGCCUCCCCCUCGCUCGUUCCAUAUUCCGGCUUCGGCUCCAAUGUUACCAGUUUCAUUGCCCACCUCGGUGGCUAUACCAAAUCCGGGCCUGCACGAAUCCCAAGUGUACUCGCCCUACAGCCCGUUCUACGGCCAGCAUCCGGGACCUCAUCACAUUCCAUCCUCAAGUCCGCCUGGAAUGUCAGACCAGCUGAGAGAUUCGCCUCCUCUGCCUCAUCAUUCGUCGUUAUUCCAUCCGGCUGCUUUUAUGGUCGCAGCUCAGCAGCAGCAACAGCAGCAGCAUUUGCAAAGGGGUAAUUCGCCCGAUUACGUGAGGUCCAACUCGGGUAUGGGUGGAGGUGAUAGUCUGGAUCGAGGAUCCGAUUGCAAUUCCAUGGAUGGUGCCGCUUACGACGGAAUGACGCCUACAUCGUCAACUCUGAGCCCGAUGCACCUGCGUAAAGCCAAGCUGAUGUUCUUCUGGGUUCGAUAUCCGAGUUCGGCUGUUCUCAAGAUGUACUUCCCGGACAUCAAGUUCAACAAGAAUAAUACCGCUCAGCUAGUCAAAUGGUUUUCUAAUUUUAGAGAAUUUUAUUACAUUCAAAUGGAAAAAUACGCCAGACAGGCGAUCAGCGAAGGGAUCAAGAAUGCUGAUGAUCUGCAUGUCAGCAUCGAUUGUGAUAUUUACAGAGUACUGAAUCUUCACUAUAAUAGGAAUAAUCAUAUCGAGGUACCAACCAACUUCAGAUAUGUAGUGGAGCAAACGCUACGCGAAUUUUUCAAAGCUAUCCAGACUGGCAAAGACCAAGAGCAGUCGUGGAAGAAAUCCAUUUACAAAGUGAUCUCCCGAUUAGACGAUCCAGUGCCGGAGAAUUUCAAAACUCCGCAUUUUUUAGAACAGCUAGAAUGACUAGAGUGAUAGGGAUGAAUUUAUAAUUGUAAAAAAUUAUCACGUGUUUAUGCUUCUAUAAAUAUUAUUGUGUAUAUAAUGUUACCAAGGUAUCGUUCCCUUCUGCCAUUCUUUCGUACGUACGUAAUUUUUUUUUUUUCGUAUUGAAUAUUGAAAUAUUCUUAUAUGUAUGUAGUAUGUAUCAGUACAGAAUUUUUUAUCGUCGUCAUCUUCAUCAUCUGAACGAAGAACACCUUCGAGAUGUUAUGAUUUUUUGUUACGAUGUGUGUGUUGUGGCUUUCUAUGUGCCUGAUUAUUUAAAGUAUAUUUUUUUUCUCAUGUUACCCAUUGAUGAAAGUGAAAGCGUUUGGAACGCUUUUUAAAAUUUAUUAAGUUUUUUUUUUCUUUGAGUAUUGCGAAGAUGAUAUUUUUUUUCUCGACAUUUGCCACAUAAACAUGAUGUAAUCGGGUCUUAUAACUUGAAAUUGCACUUCAGUUGACUUUUUAUUUACCUACCUAUCUAUUUUUUUUAAUAGGUAGUUGACAGAUUAAAAAUUAUUAGAUUAAUGUAUUUUUUUAGUAUUCGAGAUUCAAAUUACUGCACUGGUGGCUCGAAAUGUUUCGUGUGAGGUGAUUUUCAAUAUAAACUGGAAACAGUUUUCAUUUGAAAAAUUAUAAUCAUCUCAUAUGAAGAUGAAGAAACCAGUCCACUAAUUUGAAAUCACAUUUAAUUUGAUUUUGUUCUCAUUUCGAUGAUUUUUUUUCGAAUAAUGUUUCGAAGCAUCUUAAAACGCUCUGUGUUUUCUUCGAAGCAUUAUUCGAUACAAAUCAUUCGAUUCAUUACCCCCUUACGUUCGCCUACUGCCCUUAAAUGAAUACAGAAUUCACCCCAAAGUUUUUUUAUUCGUCUCUGAAGUGCAAAAAAUCAAAUAGAUACACAAAACACAGGUUCCAAAACAAUAAAAAAAUAUUCCUAAAUCUAGUAUUAAAUCAAAUAAGUACUGAUAUAUGAAUCUUGUGAGUACAACUUGCUGUUACAUUUCGCCUUCGAUGAACUUUCCUCAUAUAAAUAGAUUAUUCUGUUAAUUAUUGUUCGGUUCUCGCGUUACUUUUUUUUCUCUUGUACCAUAAUGUAUGUUUUAUAAAACGAAUUUUUUGCUGUAAAUAUCGAUGUACUAUAUUUUUUUGUUAUUAAUCUGUAUAAUUGUUUUUCUUUUCCCUUCGGAAUGUAAAAAAAUGAAAUAACGCUGUAUAGUUUGAAACAUAUUCCUAUAAGCUAGUCUCGCGAAUUCUUAAAAUUUAAAAUAUGAAAUUCGUAAGUUCCUUAAUUUAAAUCGUGUUUUUCCUCCCAUGUAAUAGAAAAAUCACUCCUAAAGUAAGAAAAAAUCGAUGAAAAAUCCUCUCAGUCUCAGCUGAAUCAUUCUAACGUUAUGAUUUUUUUUUUUUUUUUGGUUUAUUUCUCUCUGCGGCUUUAUUAUAUAUUUAUCUAGAAGUUUUUAGUUAUUAUUUAUUAUUUUUUUUUGUUUAGCUGAAAAAAAAUCAUUCACUAGCACGUUUAUUUAUUUUGAUUUUUUUUUUCGGUUGCAUUAUUUUAUAGAGUAUAAUGUGAAAUGAAAGAAAGAAGCUUUUAGUUUAAAAUCUAUUUUUAUCUGAUUUACCACGAUAAUUUUUAGUUAAUUUAGCUGUUUUUAUUUUGUUCACAUUAAUUCACGUUUUAUUUUUAAUUUUUAACGACACUUGCGCAAUUAUUAUUUUUGGUGUGGUGAGUUUUCCUAGUCAUAUACAAAUAAAUAUAGCUGAGAAUUUUG